AUGCUUUUCCUCGGCUUGAUCGUUAUUUGCCUGUACCUCAAUGAGUUCACUUUGGCUUUCACGCCUAAGACAGUUUGGGGUCCCAGCGCCGUAUUUACAGAUUCUAAAAUAUAUAUUACAGGUGGUCUCCAACCCAAAAACCCGAAUAAUUUUGAUGGAUUAACAUUUUCCAAUGAAUUUUAUUAUUUAGACGUUAAGCAACCCAUUGUAAUUAAAGUAGGAGAACCAUUACCUUGGAAGGAACUUAGUUCGCAAGGUCUUCCAGAUCAUGCAUGGAGCGCGUUCUCAAAUUGUGGACUUGAUGAUUCUCUAAUUUUGUAUAUUGGAGAAAACAAUACAUUUAUAGCAAACUUCGUCUACAUUUAUGGGAUAAGUUCAAAACAAUGGAACAGCAUUGCGACCACCAAUCCACCUCUAUCUAAUUUUCACAGCCAGACCCAGACCGUUUGUGAUGUUAAAACUAGAAAAAUGUAUAGAUUUGGUGGAAUGUUACCUUCCUCACCAGAAAACAAAUAUAAUUAUAAUUUGGAUAUUUUGGAUGCAUCGACGCUAGUGUGGGAAAUAGUUAAUGCUCCAGAACAAAGGUUCGAUCAUACGGGUACUUUGUUAAGAAACGGUAAUAUUGUUUAUAUAGGUGGUACCAUACAUGAUAACGGCGUAAAUUCACUAGCAGAUAUGUUAAAGUUACCUUUGUAUAAUACAUAUGAUAAUAAAUGGACUUCAAUGACUACCACUGGUUAUUCGCCUGCACGUCGUGCAUGCCAUUCUGCUGUUCUGACUCAAGAUGGUCGUAUUAUCGUGUAUGGAGGCUGUGAUGCUGAUAUUGCUGCCGUUAAUGAUGAUCUUGUGAUAUUAGAUACAUCACAAACUGUUUAUACAUGGUCAAAAGCGAAUGUCAUAAGUGCCACAGAUCCACCACUUCCACGUUGUUACCAUACGGCUACUUUGGUUGGUGAUCAUAUGAUCGUGCUUUUUGGAAGAGAUAAUACUCAAUUAUCAAACGAAACGUUUAUUUUAGACACGAGCGAUAAAUCUAAUUACAAGUGGGUCAGUGAGUUUGAUCCUAAUCCGAAACCUAGUACUCAAAACAAAAAUGAAAAGAAAACUAUCAAAAGCAGAUAA